AAGCAUAUGUGGCCACAGGGAAGAGCCAGACUACUAAAGCCUACCUCCCCAUUGUCUCUCACCCUGAACAAAACCAGCCAGGGCCUCUCCCCCCAUGUGGAUGAGACCAGGCUGGGCUGAAGAGAGAGCAGAGAGGGGCAGCGCCUGGCUGGAUGUAAGUUAGACGAGGAUGACUGAAGAGGAGACUACUUCCUGUGACGUCAUCAUGACAGCUGUCAAAGAAGACUCACAUGAGAGGAUCAUGUCCAGACAAGACCAAGAGGAAAAGCUCACUAUUAGAGACUGGUACAGUAUGUGUGUGACUCUCCAGCAGCAGGAGCUGAGGCUGUCUGAGGGCUCUUACAGACCUCCAGGCCAAGCCCAGUCCUUCCUGGCCCAGCAGAGGCAGUCCACCCAGGCCAGGAGCAGGAGAGGCAUGGGGAACUCUCCCAAGCUACAGCCCAGAUAGGAGGGAGAGAUGGAGGGAGAGGUCCCUCUGUUGAGGAUGGUGGGAUUGACACUGGAUGGACAAGGAACGUUGGAAGAGGAUGUUGAUGUGAUUUUUGUGGCUGUUUAAAAAAAUCUUGGAUGUUAAAAAAACUAUUUUGUGUAACAUUGGCGCCACCUGUUGGUCAAAUGGUAUUGGUGUUCUUUUUUUGUCCAUCUCAGUUUGAAUCUAAAAGUAAAAGGAAUAGAUAGGACAGUAAAGGACUAUCACUAUUACAAUGUGUUGCCAAUGGAUUUUUGCGCUUCGAAUAAAAUAUCAACAUGA